AUGUUCAUUGGAGGACUCAACUGGGAAACAACCGAUCAGUCCCUCCAUGACUACUUUUCACAGUUUGGAGAAGUCCAAGAAUGCACCGUCAUGCGAGACAGCGCCACCGGUCGUUCGCGAGGAUUCGGAUUUCUUACCUUCAAGGACCCAAAGACUGUGAACACCGUGAUGGUCAAGGAGCAUUUCCUAGAUGGCAAAAUUAUCGACCCAAAACGUGCAAUCCCGCGCGAUGAACAGGAGAAGACAGCCAAGAUUUUCGUUGGAGGUGUCAGUCAAGACGCCACGGAAGAAGAUUUUGAGAGCUUUUUCGCCCAAUUCGGACGGGUCAUUGACGCCACCCUUAUGAUGGACAAGGAUACUGGCCGACCGAGAGGAUUUGGCUUCGUGACUUUCGACAGUGACACCGCGGUCGAGAGGUGCCUCGAGUACCACCCGUUGGAGAUCUUGGGCAAGCCGAUUGAGGUCAAACGUGCUCAACCAAGAGGCAAGAUGGGCGAGGCGGCUGACGACGGUUUCUCCCGAGGUGGUCGAGGCAGAGGCAAGUUCGGAGGAGACGAUCGCUUUGGUGGCGACAACAGUCAAGCAACCCAGAAUGGAUCGAGCCAGGCAGCAAACAUGAUGGGAGGUAGUGGUAUGACGCCUCAAAUGAUGGCACAGUACUGGCAGCGGAUGCAACAAUACUUUGCCCUCAUGCAGCAGCAAAUGGCCUCUCAAAUGAUGGGGGGCAUGGGUGGAAUGGGCGGCAUGGGCAUGGGCCAAAUGAACCCCCAGAUGAUGCAGCAAAUGAUGCAGAUGCAGAAGAUGCAGGGAGGCAACAGCCCAAACCCACAGAACCCUGGGGGUAUGGGCGGGAUGGGAGGCAUGACCCCUCAGAUGAUGCAGCAAAUGAUGCAAAUGCAACAGGGCGGGAUGGGCGGUAUGAACAUGGGUGGUGGCCGGGCUCCCAUGGGCCCAGCGAGUGCUGGAGCAGGAGCACGAGCCGGAUUUUCAGCACAAGAGCAGCUUGCCUUUGAACAGUCAAAGUAUGAACAGCAGUCUCGCCGGCCGGGCAGUUUUCCGCAGGGCCCUCGAGGGCAAGGCUUUCAGAGUCAGAGUCCAGGCGGCGGACCUCAGUCGUGGGAAGGCAUGUACGACGACGUGCCUCAGCCCGAAGGCAGUCUGAGUGGACGAGGUUCUGCUGGACCGGUUCGCAACAUAACACCAAAACCCCCAAAGGGCCCCAGUGGCACAGCUCAACCCAGUGCAGCUCCAGCGAAUGCACCAACCGGUCCGAAAAACGCCGGGAGACCAGGAGCCAACUUUCGAGGAGGCAGAGGCGGCCGCUACCACCCAUAUGGGAGGUGA